GAGGGAGCUCAACUUUAAUAUUCCAAAUGAUUUUGCGAGGUCCUCGCCGAAUUGUCAACUACUUCCCCGAGAUCGCUGUACCAUUUCUGUCAAAACUGGAAGCCAACGUGGUGAUAUUAGGAGCAGCCAAUGUUGGGAAGUCUGCUUUGACUGUCCGUUUCUUGACAAGAAGAUUCAUUGGUGAAUAUGGAGAUAUCGAAUCAAUCUACAGUUACAAUGGGACUGUUGCAGGAAGCAAAGUCUCUUUCAAUAUUUGGGAUUCCUGCUAUGAACAGGAUUUGAAUCAAAACUUUGUGAAGGAGAAACAGAUCCAGUGGGCAAAUGGCUUUGUAUUGGUUUAUAGCAUCUGUGACCGAGCCAGUUUUAACAUAGUUCAACAGCAGAUCCAAGUCAUCAAGUCAAUGAAACAUUACCCGGGCAUUGACCCUGCACCAAUCAUCAUUGUGGGGAACAAGAGAGACCUCUGUCACCAAAGGAUGGUUUCCAGUCAGGAGGGUCGACUCCUUGCCUUGGCCACAGAGUGCCAGUUUUGCGAAAUCUCAGUUGCAGAAACUUAUCACGGCGUCCUGCUGGUCUUCCACAGUCUAGUGGAAAGAAUCAAGGAAUCCAAAAUUCCGGUUAGGAAAAUAACUGGGAUAAAGAGCAUCCUCCGAAAUGUGUCUUCUGUGUUUACGCAUAUUUAA